GCAGGGCCGCGUCUAAAACACACACAGGACAGUGGGUGUUGAGGACCAGAGUUGAAGGCCACUGGUUGUAGAAAUAGAGUAUAUUUUAGAGGGAUACAGUUUUGACGUUUUUUGCUCUGACCCAAACUCAACACAGUUAAUUCGAAUAGUUAGCUCCUUGACAAGCUGAAUCGAGUUAGUUGCAAGUGAGGUUGGAGAGAAAGCUCACACAAGGGUAGAUCUCCAGAAACAAGUUUUUGUCCUUCAGGGUAGCCGUAACCAUGGCAAAACGCCAAAAGAUGCAGGUGACUGUUACCGAGAGAAACCUUAAAGAGGCUAAGAGGAGAAAGGUCGUCAUCUCUGUGUUGGUAGUCCUGGCCAUACUGGGAGUGCUGGCCGUAGCUGCAUACGCCAUCAAACUGCUGGUCUGCAGCAAGUUCUUCUUCUGCCCCAAGUCCUCGCGCUUCAUCCCCGCGGCCGAGGUGUGUGACGGAACGUUGGACUGCGCGGAUGGAGAGGACGAACUCGACUGUGUGUCCAGUCAGAUGGCCAACACCACCUUCCCAUUGCGGUUGGUGGGAGAAGCCAUGGUCCUCCAGGUGUGGAGGCUGGCGAUUGGCUGGAGCAGUGUUUGCGCAGAAGACUGGGGGUCGCAGCACACCCGCGCCGCUUGCCAGCAGCUGGGCUACACGCUGAACCCAGAGAGCAGGAAGGUGCCGGUCCACAGCCUGCCCUUGUCUCUGGCUACUUCCCUCAGCGCCGUGAGACCAGAAGCCAAGGGGCCCCUCCCAGCUGCGAUCACCAGCAGUCAGAGGAGGUGUCUUUUGCUUUUCCCUGACAGACCAACCUGCCUCUCAGGCUCCGUGAUUGCGCUCUCUUGCUCAGACUGCGGCGCUGUGGGGGAGCAGGACCGGGUGGUGGGGGGCUCCGACUCCACCAUCGAGCAGUCUCCCUGGCAGGUGAGCCUGCGCCUGAACGGCCAGCACGCCUGCGGAGGCUCGCUGGUCUCCCUCGCCUGGGUCGUCACCGCCGCCCACUGCUUCAGCGGACAAAAGGAGCGGGCCCACUGGCAGGUGGUGCUAGGGAGGACUAACUUGGGCACCUCUGGGGGGGUGGUGUCGCUGGCUGACAUCAUCAUCCACCAAGACUACAACCCGUCCCUCAACGACUAUGACAUCGCCUUGCUACGCCUGUCUCAGCCUGUCACUGUUGGAGACACCGUCAAACCAGUGUGCCUGCCUCCCAUCAGUCCACCUUUGAACGCUGGAGACCCCUUGGUGGUGACAGGCUGGGGCGUCCUUCAGGAGAAAGGUCAGAUCUCCACGGUCCUUCAGCGGGCCACCUUGGCUUUGAUUGACAGUGCCGUGUGUUCCCGCCCCUCCGUGUACGGCUCUCACAUCACUCCCAGAAUGCUGUGCGCGGGGAGCAUGGAUGGGAAGGUGGAUGCCUGCCAGGGUGACAGUGGGGGUCCCCUGGUGUACCUGUCUGAACGCUGGCAGCUGGUGGGUGUGGUGAGCUGGGGUAUAGGUUGUGCCCGCGCCGGGUACCCUGGGGUCUACAGCAGGGUGGACUACCUGCUUAACUGGAUCUUCUCAGUCAUGGAGAGAUACCCUUGAAGCUUUGUUUGCGGCAAAUGAUGGAAGGAAUGGAUUUCGUCGGUUUUCAUGAAAUGCUUUGCAUCAAACCGUUUCAGGUCCAUGUUCUCUGACGAGUGCUUUUAACUGAGAUGUCGUAUUGUGGUUACAGGAAACCUCUAGAUGUUACACGUGCACCUUUUUAAAAUGGUUUAUUUACUGUCAAAUGUUGGCUUUGAGGUUUGGCAUAAUUACUAAUUCUGUCUAAGGCAAUGAAGAGCUUAUUCAAGCACUAUAUUCAAGCUAUGUUGUCUCAUUCCUAAGUGACAAAGACGAGACAAAAUGAAAGGGCAUGUGAUUUAAUUCAAAUAUUUUAUUUGAUUCUGUGGCUUUUUAUAAUAAAGAAAAAUAGAACUGA